CAUGAUGAGUAUUCUUGACGAACAGAUCAAUGAACAAAUAGCAGAUUUGAAAAGAAGACGAGGAAUUACAAUUACACAGCAAACCACUGUCACUGCUGAAGAAUACUUAUGUAAAAUUCAGGCCGAAUCACUUUUAAGUAUACCAAAUAGUUUCGCAUAUUCGUUGAUCUCUGGAGAUGUUACAGUGUGCGAUCAACAGUUUACAAGAUUUUAUAAAUUUAUCAACGAAAUUGAAAAUAAAUAUAAAAAUGAUCUUCAACCCUUAUUAUUUCCAAUUUUUAUUCAUACGUUCAUGGAAUUAAUUUCAAUCGGCCAUGUUAUACCAGCUCAUAAAUACGUUAAAAGACAUAAAGAAAUAUUCAAUUCUUCAGAAACAAAUAAAGAAAUAAUAGCUAAACUUGAAAUUAUAAAAAAAAUAGAAGAUAUUUCAAAAAUUCCAGAACUUGAAAAGUAUAGUACUUCAAGAAAAGAAGUACUCUUAUCUAAGACUUCAUUACAAAUAUUACUCAAUUAUUUAAGGAGAGAAGAUACGCUACUUCUACAUCAGAUACUCAAUAGACACUGUUCAAUAAAAGAAUCGUUAUCAAAUAUUCAAAAAGAUGAGGAUGAUCAACAGCAAGAACAGGUUUCACAGGAUACGCAAGCAUCUUUAAAUUCAAUCGAGAAUAUGGAUAGUCCUACUAAUGAAUUGGAUGAGAUAACAAGAUUCAACAGUUUUGCUGAAGCCAUAAACAACGGACCUCCAGUAGCUCCAAGCUUAUAUGCCAGAUUUAUAUCAUCAGGAUUUCAUGAAGGUGUUACGUGUGCUAUAUUUAAUGAAGAAGCUACACAAAUGGCAUGCGGUUAUAAAGAUUCGGCUAUUGAAAUAUGGAAUAGCGAAUCCAUUCCUUGCGAAGCCAGGGAAAGUGAUAAUUUGAUUUUAGGCCACUCAGGAUCAGUGUACGGAAUAAGUUAUGCUUACAAUAAUCAAUGCUUAUUAUCAGGCUCUGAAGAUGGUUCUGUUCGUCUGUGGCUUUUGGAAGACUUAUCGAAUCUUAUGAUUUAUAAUGGUCACGUGCGACCAGUAUGGGAUAUAGCCGUACACGAUUCCUUGACCUACUUUGCCUCUGCUUCGCAAGAUACUACCGCAAAAUUAUGGACAUUUGAUAGAACUUUUCCAAUUAGGGAAUUUAUCUCGCAUUUUGAAGAUAUCAAUUGUACAGACUUCCACCCAAAUGGUUUAUACUUAGCAACUGGAUCCUCAGAUAAAAGCAUAAGAAUUUGGAGUCUAAGAAAUGGCAAAACUAUUAAGAUAUUAUUAGGACAUAGGGGUGAGAUUCUUGUUGUUAAAUUUUCACCAGACGGUAAAUAUUUGGCUUCAUCUGGAACUGAUUGUAUAAUAAAAGUUUGGGAUUUGACAUCGACGACACCAUUAUUCAGUUUUCAAGGUCAUACCGAUACAGUAUACUCAAUCAACUGGCGAUAUGAUAGUUGUGUUUUAGCAACAGGUGGAAAAGAUGGAAUAAUUUGCGUGUGGUAUGUUAAAGCUCAACAUGGCUCAAAAAAUGGAUUUAGGUGCGAUAAUAAUUUGUUAUCUAGCGUUGAACCAAAAUGCAACAACGACAAUACAAUAAAUAAAAAUUGUGUUCAAAGACUACAAUUUGCAUCACAGGGAAAUGCUCUUCACUCGUUGCUGAGCUGCGAAUAGAAAAUUUUUGACAAUUUAUCAAUUUCAAUAUAAAAGAAGAAAUUGCUUUUGUUUAUUUUUUUUGUUUGUUUGUUUUUUUUUUUCUGCAUGAAUUCUUUUUUUCAGAUGGAUUAUUACCAUGGAAUUGAACUUUUGCGAACUGUUGCAAUUAUUUUAUAUUUAUUAUAAACCCUUAUUUUAUCAGGAUUUGCCCAUUUUUCUCCAAUCUACCCCUAUAGACCCCUACCUCUCUUUCUCUCUCUCUUCCACCAUCACCUACAUCCUUAAUUAUGAAAUGUUACCUAUGCAUAAAUUCUUUAUUCAUUAAUGUUUUUUCUUGUUAUGCAUUUAGAAUAGGAAUUUUUUUUUAAUUUGUUAAUUAUUUAUUUGUUUACUUUGUUUGCUUUUUGACGAAUACAGAAAUUGUUUUAUUUUUUUUUUUACCAUAAAACAAA